AUGGCCAACCAAGCACAGCAGCACCAAGCCGAUAACAUCGUGUGCAUUGCAAACCGUGUCAUGGCGCAAGCGCAGCGACACGCCGCCACCACGAAGGAGGGUGGGGAUGUCACCACUGCACGGGCAGCCCUGAGCGCUGCGUGCGAGGAACUGGCCGUGUCCACCACGGCCCCGGAGGUGUGGCUGUCGCAGACCGCGGCGUCGUCGCAUACGGCCGCCGCGCUGGCGAUUCUGCUGGAGACGGACAUCAUCACGCGGCUGUGUGAGACGACCGAGCCGGUGGCUGCUUCAACCCUUCUCAGGGGCGUUGGCGACGACGCCACCCCUGCGCUGUUUCGCUGUGCACUGAGACAAUGCGCCGCCAGCCGUCUCUUGGACGAGCCUGUUCCCGGCCAUUUCCAGCGCAACCCGCGCACCGAGCUUCUGCAGGAUCCCUACAUCCGGGACUGGAUUCAUUACCUGUCAGCCCCCUCGAUAUAUCUUCGUGAUAGUCCCGCGACUGAUCCACCAGAAUGGAACAGGGUAGACGAUGGUCUGCGCUGCGCAUCGUGGUUAUCGCGGUAUGCCGCGCAGAACAACUACCACAUCCCGGACGAGCGCCAUCGAAGCGCCUUCGAAAUGGCUUUUGACACAAACAUCCCCUGCUACGACUACUACCACCAAACCGAUCCGCCGCGCGGCCAGCGCUUCGACAACGCAAUGGAGGGCUACUUUCGCAUGAACGCGCCCACUCCCCUCGAAGACAUCAUCGACCUCGCCACCUUCUGCCCGGAAGAUGCGCUAGUGGUCGACGUAGGCGGCGGCCGCGGCCAUCACUCCCUGCGUCUGGCACAGAGAUACCCGCGCAUGCGCUUCAUCGUGCAGGAUUACGCGGACGAAGCCCCGAGCAGCCCGUCCAGCACCACCAUUAACCCCGAACUCCGAGAGCGGGUGAGCUGGACCAAGCAUGAUUUCUUCGAUGAGCAGCCCGUCCGCGGGGCGGCGGUGUAUCUGCUCAGCCAUAUCCUGAUGGAUCAUCCUGAUCGGGAGAGCCAGAAGAUCCUGGCACAUCUGGCCGAGGCCAUGGACGCCCGCUCGACCCUGCUGGUGGACGACUUCUUCGAUCCCGGGAAUGGGCGGUUCGGCUCGCCGCAGGGGAAUCGUCUGGCGUUACAUCUGAUCGCGUGCCGGGGGACGGCGUUCCGGACGAUGGAGCAGUGGACGGCGCUGUUUGCGCGGGUGCCGGUGUUGAGCGUGGGGGAGUGUCGGUUGCUUGAGCAUGGGAGGGUGGUGAUCAGUGUGUCCAGGGUAGAAUAG